UAUUUUAUAAGACGCACUGAUUUGAUCCCACAGCAUUGAGAAAAACACAAGUGAAGAGUCAAUACAGACAAAUCAACACAGAAAGCAACUCUUUGGAGAUUUUUGGCAAGAUGAGAAAAUUACUUUUGCUGGUUCUCACCUUAACAGCUUCCGCCAGUCCACCAGUUCAGGAUAAAACGCUGCCGUUUAAAGAUUUGCCUUUUGAUCAUGCGGUCAAAGCCGAUGUUUUGCCAGUGGUUGAAAAAGAACCAACAGUACAGCACACAGAAGCAGAACAAGGUCCUUUGAAGCAGGAUGAACCAGUUGCAGAUGUUCUGAAGCCAGAGACAACAGAGGAACACAGAGAAGAGACACCAGUGAGCGUGGAGGAACCUGUGAAAGAGAAAGAUGAUCUGACUGAAGCAGAACAAGGUCCUUUGAAGCAGGAUGAACCAGCUGCAGAUGUUCUGAAGCCAGAGACAAUUGAGGAACACAGAGAAGAGACACCAGUGAGCGUGGAGGAACCUGUGAAAGAGAAAGAUGAUCUGACUGAAGUAGAACAAGGUCCUUUGAAGCAGGAUGAACCAGUUGCAGAUGUUCUGGAGCCAGAGACAACAGAGGAACACAGAGAAGAGACGCCAGUGAGCGUGGAGGAACCUGUGAUUGAGGAAGAUGAUCUGACUGAAGCAGAACAAGGUCCUUUGAUGCAGGAGGAACCUGUUGCAGAUAUACAGGAACCAGAGACAAUAGAAGAACAAGAGAUGUCAUUGAGAAUGGAGGAACCUGUGAUGGAGGAAGAUGAUCUGACUGAAGAAGAACAAGGUCCUUUGAUGCAGGAGGAACCUGUUCCAGAUGUACAGGAACCAGAGACAAUAGAGGAACAAGAGAUGUCAUUGAGAAUGGAGGAACCUGUGAUUGAGGAAGAUGACCUGACUGAAGAAGAACAAGGUCUUCUGAUGCAGGAGGAAUCCAUCGUAUAUGUGCUGGACCCAGAGACAAUAGAAGAACAAGAGAUGUCAUUGAGAAUGGAGGAACCUGUGAUGGAGGAAGAUGAUCUGACUGAAGAAGAACAAGGUCCUCUGAUGCAGGAGGAACCUGUUGCAGAUAUACAGGAACCAGAGACAAUAGAGGAACAAGAGAUGUCAUUGAGAAUGGAGGAACCUGUGAUGGAGGAAGAUGAUCUGACUGAAGAAGAACAAGGUCCUCUGAUGCAGGAGGAACCUGUUCCAGAUGUACAGGAACCAGAGACAAUAGAGGAACAAGAGAUGUCAUUGAGAAUGGAGGAACCUGUGAUGGAGGAAGAUGAUCUGACUGAAGAAGAACAAGGUCUUCUGAUGCAGGAGGAAUCCAUCGUAUAUGUGCUGGACCCAGAGACAAUAGAAGAACAAGAGAUGUCAUUGAGAAUGGAGGAACCUGUGAUGGAGGAAGAUGACCUGACUGAAGAAGAACAAGGUCCUCUGAUGCAGGAGGAACCUGUUGCAGAUAUACAGGAACCAGAGACAAUAGAGGAACAAGAGAUGUCAUUGAGAAUGGAGGAACCUGUGAUGGAGGAAGAUGAUCUGACUGAAGAAGAACAAGGUCCUCUGAUGCAGGAGGAACCUGUUGCAGAUAUACAGGAACCAGAGACAAUGGAGGAACACCGAGAAACAGAAGAGAAUUCAGUAAUAGUGGAGGAACCUUUGCUAGCGGCAGAUUAUAUAAAUGAAGAGACACCAGAGACAGAACUAGAGCCUGUUCAGAUGAACAGAAACAACGUGCCUGUAGAGGAACCUGCAGAGGAACCAGAGGACCCUGUAGAGGAACCUGCAGAGGAACCAGAGGAACCUGUAGAGAAACCUGUAGAAGAGUUAGAGUCUGUAGCUGAGAUGGAUAUGAAGGUGGAAUCUGAAAAAGAGGAAAAUUUAUUAGAGGAGGCUACACUUGAGGCUGACUAUAUUGUGGAUGAUAAUCCGGAAGAAGUAAUGGAACCAUGAAGGGAACGAAGACUGACAUUACAGACUGGUGAUCUGGUGUUCAAUGAUGUACCAUGCAAAAUCCUCAAUCCACUUUAGACAGCCUGGAGGUUAACCUAACCUGCUUUACAGUGACUUUUAUGAAGAAAAUGUAAAUAAUAAUAAUAAUAUUUAUUAUUAUUAUUGCAAUUUUUAAAAAGUAAUUUAAAGGGGCUAUGCCGUAAUCAAAUUGUUUUGUUAAAUUUGCCAUGGUUUACAAAAAAUAAAUGUGUUAAUAUUGUAUUGUCUUGUAUAUAAGUAAUUUCGUUGUUUACUUGCUAUUGUAAAAAGGUUUUUUAAAUAAAAUUGACUUUUAUUAUAUUUUACUGCUGUAAUUGUCAUGCCAAUUGUUGACUCAUUUAGCUGUUAACAGAAAGGAAACUCCAUGUUAAAUCCUCACAGAGCUUUUCGCUAAAGCUUCACAGAGGCUUUAGCAAGGCGCUUGUACGCUAAUAGCUCUCAUCACCAUGAGCCUACCAUGCAGGCUGUUUUUCCAUCCCAUCAUCUGCCCAGGAAUGCCAAGAUCCCCAUGUUUGCAUCAUCUAUGGGAUAAAGAAAGAGUCACUUGGUCUGACAGAUGCAUUUGUUGUGAAGUCAGUGGGGGACCCUGGGACAAUACUAAUGUUAAAAAUGUGGAAACUUUGCAUGAAGUUCUAAAGGUGAAGUGUGUAAUUUAUUUGCCACUGCAACACCAAACUUGCAAAAUAACUUGACUUUACAUUUAAAUAAAUAAAUUAAUUAAUAAAAAGAGUGAAUAGAGAAGACUUAAAUCAGUGGUUAUUGACAGCUGGGUCAUGAAAAAAAAAUGGACAUCACCCUUUAAUAAAUUUUAUUAAACAUUUAUUUGUAUGCA